AUGAAACUUGAGGUACACAAUCUCAGCUUCACAUACCCUGGUACCACCAAGAAAGCCCUUAGAGGGAUAAACCUCGUCAUUGAACCUGGCGAGCAGCUCGCCAUCGUCGGUCUGAAUGGCGGAGGCAAGACUACAUUGGUCAAAGUCCUCAUGGGGCUAUACGACGCCAAAGGCUCUUUGUCUGUCAAUGAUCUUCCCAUCGAAUCAUACGAUCCAGUGUCAAUCCACAAGCGGACCUCAUGCUUAUUCCAGGAUUUUGGACAAUAUGAGCUCACUUUGCGGGAAAAUGUCGGCAUCGGCGACCUGAGAUACUUGGAGGAAGACGCGAAGCUGGAGCUAGCGCUCGAACGUGGAGGCGCUAGCGAAGUAGUCACGAAAACCGGUCUGGACGGGCCUCUGGACCCAUGGUAUGCUCCGGAUCGAAAACAAAAAGCUCAAGCCCUGAGCGGAGGUCAAUGGCAAAGAGUAGCACUGGCCCGGGCGUUUCUAAAAUCUGACGAUGCUGAUCUCGUGGUGUUCGACGAACCUUCCUCAAGUCUCGAUCCGAAAGCAGAGGCAGAACUAUUCCAAAAGAUACACUCCCUCUCGAUGCGAGGCGGACGAAAGAUUACGACAAUCUAUAUCUCCCAUCGUUUCUCAACCGUGCGCAGAGCAGACAAGAUUGCUGUGGUGGAAAACGGGACUAUCAUUGAACUCGGAACGCAUGACGAGCUGAUGCGCCUAGGUGGACGCUAUCAGGAGCUUUUCAAGCUUUCAAAAGAUGGUUUUGAGGACUCAUAUCCUGGGCGGAACAACCAAGAGGCGCCAUUCACUAGUUCCGAAUCCCCUUAG